AGAAAACCUCGUUUCAAUGAUAUACGUGGUAGAUACUGGGUAACCGAUGCUUUUAAGCGAAUGGCGAGCUUGCUCAAGCAGAAGCAGUUUAGACCUAUUGCUAUACAACAAUUCUUCCAGAGCCUCGACCAUGCUUGGAGGAGCAGUCCGCAGUACAUACGACCCCGGCACCUGCCGCGCCGUAUAGGUAUUGCCGUCAGCGGGGGAGCUGAUUCUAUGGCCUUGGCUGGGCUGUGCAGGCAGCUGCAACUUGAUCAACCGGAACUCUUUCUGUACUUAAAAGCAUUCAUCAUCGACCAUAAAGCGCGCAAAGAAAGUUCUGAAGAAGCGCAGACUGUCGCAGAAUGGCUAUCGAAGUUAGGGAUUGAAACUGAAAUACUACCGUUGGUGUGGCCUUCGGGAAAAGAUGUCACAGAAGUGACAGCUUUUGAAACGUCUGCCCGACAGAAACGAUAUCUCGCUCUUGGCGAAGCAUGCCGUACCAAUAACCUUACAGCUUUAUUAACUGGUCAUCAUUUGAAUGACAAUGUGGAGACGGCAAUACUGAGGUUGUGCCAACGCUCCGGACGAGAGGGGUUGACUGGGAUUGCCCCUUUGAGUCGAAUUCCCGAAGGCUAUGGAGUAUGGGGCAUAUCUGAUAGUGGUUCCUUCCAAAAAAUUGAGGGCGAUCAACAGAGAUUUCUGCACGCUUGCGAUGCUCGUUCUCGACAACCCACGUGUGACGGCCAGGUGAAUCAAAAGGAAAAGUCUCCGAGGAAAAGCGUGACUUUCAAUAUGGCUACAGGUGGGAUUUUGCUCUGCAGACCAUUGCUGCCAUUCACAAAGUCUAGCAUCCUGGAUACUUGUAGUGAAUUGGGAAUCCCAUUUGUCACUGACCCCACCAAUUUUGACACAGCACUUACUGUUCGAAAUACUAUCAGAAGCUUGCUUUCGAACAACAAAUUACCUCGUGCUCUUCAAUCUUCUUCAAUGAGCGCUUUUUUAUCGAGAAAUCGAAAUUCAUCACAGAACCUAAUGCUGCAAACAGAUUCUUUGCUGCGGGAAUGCAGGCUAUUUGAAUUCAUAGCUGGUUCUAGUACGAUGAACAUCCAGCUUCCGCUGCUAGAUAACUCGCAUCCAUUGAUGUCUUACGGGAAUAACCCAAGACUUCUGGCAGCUUCCCUUCGCCGUAUCACUGAACUAGUGUCUCCCCUCGACGAUAAAUCACAUGCUCUUCAUACAUAUGCCGGAUUUGCUAGUAGGAUUUUUACAGGUCAGCAAAUAGAAGAUUUUACGGUGGGCGGAGCGCAGUACCGAUUGUCCAUCAAAGAUGGGGCGGAGUGUAGUGUUUGGCAUGUCUCCAGAGCUCCAUUCCGAGCCCAUUUUUCCCCGGAGUUAAAUAUUACAGACUUGACCGAGCAAUUUUCCUCGCCAGUUCUCUGGGAUUCUAGGUACUGGCUCCAAUUUCGACUCACCCCUGAAACAAAACGCACUGGUUUCUCUGGUGUAGUCGUGCGAAGCCUUGGAGCGGAGGAUAUAAAACAGGUUUUCGAUAUUCGUCGGAGGAAAAAUGGAAUUUCUAAAGACAUCCUUAAGACCAUGGCGCCCUUCAAAUCUCGCUUCACUUUGCCCAUUGUGCUAAUAAGGUACACUAUGCUUGGAGGGAGUAUCAAGGAGAAAUACGUGGCACUACCUACACUUGGAAUUGAUUUGUCUAGUGAACCAGAAUUUAGGAUUGAAUGGAAAUGGGGAUAUAGAAUGGUUGACACUGAGGUUCUGAAACUUAUGGGUUGGCUCAAGCCCCAUGGAGAUGAGAUGACCCAGAGAUGUGCUUGAGAAACUGAAAUAUUUGAAUGGACUCCAUGGCGAGAGACGUGGAUAUACUAUAGGGGCUCAUGGACGCGACUUGUACAUCAAUUGACAUUGCAUAAUGCAAAGAUGCAUAAAUCGAGCUAGUGAUAAUUUAGCCAGAGGCUAGAGUCUUAGACGGUUCCCAGAAAUCUCCGGAUUUCUCACGUGUUGGACUCUGCAUUCGUCAGGAAUUCCGAGCCAACC